AAACUUUUUUGUUAAAUUAUAAUCAAUUCAAUUCAAAUCAAUUAAUAUUAUAUUAAAAAAACCAUUAACUAUAUGAAUAAUAACGUAGAGAAAGAAUAGUAAUCUCUUUAGCUAGCAGCUAUGAAGAAGUUCUAUAGUCUUAAAAUAUCUCAAUAAAAUGUCAAAAACAUUAUCUACAUUAAUAAAAAUACGGAAUAAACCAAUAAAUAAUAAAAUUAAAAUCAUAACUAAGACAUCUUAAGUGGUUUUAAAAGUGAUUUAAAAAAGAACAAAGGUGAUUAAAAAGGACUUAUUCCUAAUUUAAUCUCUUAUUAAUCAUUAAAAAACCAAGUUUCAGACAUUAAAUUUAACUUUGACUAGAAUUAACUUUAAAUUUCUAUAAGUCAGCUUGAUUAUAUUCUUAUUAGUAGCAAAGAUAAUAUUUUAUAUGAAAAUUAAAAAUAAUUAUAUGUAGAAGUAUUAAGUAAUUGCAAUAAAUAAAUAGAUCAAUAUCUUAGAUUAUCUGUAUUUAAACAAGAUAAUGUCAGUGAUUAGUCUUUAUAUUUGUAAUUAGCUUAAAUCCUUAUUAGCAAGUGCUAAAUUUGGACUCAAAUUUAUGAAUAUGAGUCUCUUAUGAAGAUUAAAACUUUGAUAAAUCUAGGUAAAUUUUAUAGAUUGCAAUAAAAAAUCUUUUUAAGUAUGGAGACUUUAAUUGAUGCGCUAAGCUUGAUUAUGAGCAAAAAUUUAAUUGAAAAGUGUGGUGAAGUUUACUUUUAUUUAGCCUAGUUGAAUAGCUAGGUAGGAUAGCAUGUAAAAGCUUUUGAAUUUUCAAAGAAAGCUCUUGAAUAUUGUAAAAAGGAAAUGAAUUCUGAAGAAGUAGCAGUUAGCAUACAAAAAGGUAGACUAUUAAUUUAAUUAUAAUAAGGUCUUCAAAAUCAGAACAAUAACAUACAAAGCGCUAAUAAUUUAUCAAUUUAUAAAGGAUAACUAGAGAAAAAGGAAUAAGUUAAAGAGCAAGGUUUAGAAAUUAAAAAUUAAAAUAAUUUCAAAAAUGAAGAAAAUCUUUAUUUAAGCGAAGAAUCAUUUUAUUUUUGGAAUGAAAUAAAAUUAAUAAAUUUAAUUCGUUGCUAUGAAAUUUAAGCAUAAGAAGAAGAACACUUUGAGAAUUUCGAUGAAUCUUUCAAAUUACAUUAGAAAGCAGUAUCUAUUGCUUAAGAAAAAUUAGGAAUAGAUCACCCAGCUUCUGAAAAGCAGCUUUAAAAAUUUAUUAAUUUCCAAAAAAGAUAAGUAGAGUUUUAGUUAAAAAAGAAAUAGAAUUUAAUUAAUUAAUUUAAGCAUUUAAAUAUAAAACCGAUUUUAUAAAAGGAUCUCAAAGAAAAAAGAUAAAAAUAUGGCUAAUAACUUAGCUAAUAGUUCGCAUAAUAAAAAGUAAGCUAGCAUGAAAAUUUAUUUUCUCCAAGAAGAAACUCACCAAUUAACAUUCUCUCAAAGUCACCUUACAAUGAGAGGAUUAUUCCUUGCCAAUCUGUGACAUCUAGGACAAGCAUAAAUUUUAGGAAUAGAAGCGAAGAGACUGCAAAAAGAAAAAAUGUUGUAGUAGUGCGCUAGAAAAAGCUUAAUUUAGAAAGUCUUCCUUAUAAUUUAAAAGUUACUCAAACAAAUUACACUUUACCAACAUAAUCUUCGAUGCUUACAAGUUCAACAACUGCUGCUACAACAAAAAAUUAAAAUUUCUAAAGCAAAAAACAUCCUUUUAUGUCUUCAUUUAUAAGCAGAAAGUUGUAAGAAAAUAAUAUUUCUAUAUUCGAAGGUGACUGUGAGUAAUUAAGAAAUUUAUUGUUAUCUCCAUCUAAUGAAAAAAGAAAAUACAAAGAAUGUUAAACAAUAGAGGAAUCUUAACAAUAAAAUGAAUAAACAAUAAAAUAAUAAGGUAGUAGCACAAGUCUUUUUAAUGAAGGAUUCUCUAACUAUCCACCACCUCGUUUGAGAUCAGGUAAAAGUCUUAGUUUAACAACAAGAUAAAAAAGUCCAAGCAUUGAUAUAAUCAAAUCAGAAAAAAUUAAAAAUAUGAUUGAGAGUAAAAUUGCUUUGUAAACCUAAUAAACAGCUUAGCCUUAAAUAGAAAUAUAAACUGCAAGAAGCAACCAGUUAGGAUCUUUUUUAAAGAAUAAUAUUGUAUCGCCACGAAAGAAUUAUUUAACCAAAUCAUACUUACAAACAUUUGUAGAUUAAAUUAAAACAAACUGGACUACAGUUAACUAGUAAUGUUAGUAAAUUAACUUUCUCAGGAAAAAUCAAACUCCUUCGAGGGAAUAGCAAAUAAAUUAAUAGAAAAUAUUUAAUGUGGAAAAUUUUAGUAAUAAAAAAUCUCCUUUAUACUGUGAUAGUGCAGUUCCAGCUAUGUUCGUAUAGGGAUAUUUUUAAAAUAACAUUGAAGAUUCAAAUGAAAUUUAAUCUAGUUAAAUUAAAAAGAAUUUAAUAAUUCUACCAAAUCAAAAUAUUUUUUCUAAGAACUAAAUACGCUAGAAAAAAAUAAACUAUGAUUAAAAAGAGUUGCUCUACUAGCAGCUAUAAACUAAGCUUAAAACUGAAGAUUAGACUAGUAACUAGAAUAAUGUUAAUGACCACUGCUCUACAACAAUAACUACUUCAAACCACUCAAAUUCAAUAUAGUAUUUUCCUAAUUAGGAUAAAGCAAAUGAACUUUAAAGAAAAAAAUCUUAUUCAAUCAAUACCUCCAGAGUUAAAAACCUUGAAAUCUAUUAAGAUUCUCCUCAUAGUUUGCAGGAUAAAAACGCAUAGGAGCUUAUUUUUGAAACAAAUUAAAUUAAAAUAAAAUAAAUUUAAGCUAAAGAUUCAGCUGAAAUAAAUAAUUGUGAAGAAGUAGAGGGAUAGCUGAAAUUUUAUUUGAAUAAAGUCUCUAAGAUAAUAACAGUAUAAUGUCUUUUGAAUGAUUAAAUGGCCUUUUAAAAUGAGCAGGAAAAAUAAAAUUUAUAAUAAAAUAAAAAUAAUUAUGAUUCAAGAAAAAUUAAUUGCUACUUCUUGCAAAUUGAUAACUUGUUUUCUUUAAACUAAGUUAUCACAACAAAUAAGGGAUUUAUUUUACAAUAAAUAUGCGAAAAAAUUGUUUGCUUUUUAUUGAUUGAAGCAAAUAGUAAUUAACUUAUUUUUAAUAAUUUAAACUAAAAUAAUAAUAUUAAAAACCUAUUUAAAAUUCUAGAAAUACCUUAAGAUGAUUUAUAAUUUUUCUUAAUUUGCAAAGAUUCUUAAAAUAGCAUAAUUAUAAAUUAGGAAUAAGCUAAAGAAUUUAGUAGCUUCAAAGUGAAUAAGCACAGAAGCGCAUCAGUAGCUAUAAAUAGAAACCACCAAAAUAAUAAUUAAUUAGAAAUCAGUAAUAAAACUAAAACAAAUAGCAUUUAUGAAAACUAAGCAAAUAAAUAGGUAGUUUGCUCAUUCUUUACUAAAAUAUAUCCUAAAAAUUAACACAACCAAAAUUAAAAAAAAUAAAUAAUAGAAGAUUGCUUUAACUAUGAAGGAUCAAAAGUAUAAUCUCCAAUUAAUUAUGAUCAGCUGAAUACCUAAAUAAACAAAUAAAAUUUUCCACCUAAAAUUAAAUAGAAUCCUAUAUAAAUUUAGCAACGCAUUUAAUAAACUGAAUUACUUUCUUCUGAAAAUGCAAAAUAAAACAAGGAUAAAAAGAAUGAAUCGCCUUAAAAUAUUGAAUCCGAACAACCAACACAAAAAAUAUAAACUCCUAAAUAAAAUUCAACUAAAAAACGAUUAGACACAGAACAAUUUUCAGAUAAAUCUAAAAUAAUUAAUUUGUAUGACUAAGAAAAAAUAAAACUAUCAGACUCAAGUAAAAAAUUUGAAGAUUUUGGCGAGAAUUUAGUAACUUCAUCUCAAAAAAAUUUAAAUUUUAUAUCUUAUUAUCAGGUACCAUCAUUUUUGGAUUCUUCAUUUAAUUCUAAUAAAAAUGGCUAGUGUGAUAAAGAAGAACAAAAGAAUAUUUGA